UAAUAAGCUUCGAUUUAAUAUUCCAUGGUUACAUUGUAAAAAUCUUUCCUUUUUAAAAUGUAUAUUGCUAAUUAUGCUUAAAAUGAGCGAACAAAGUGGAAAAGUGCCUAGAUAUAUGGCACAACUUUUAGAAGAACUAGGAUGGAAUCAGGGCACCAGAAUUCCAUUAGCAAAUUCUGAUAAUAAAAACUUGGAAACGGUUUUAAUUGAAAGGCAAAAUGAGAUACAGCGCCUUAAGGAAGCUCUUAUUUUACAAAAUCAAAAGCGGGAUGACCUUAACAACUAUAAGCAAUAUGUCCACACAGAAUACCAAGAAAAUACUCGUCUCCUUUUUGCACACAAGCAACAACUGGAACAAGAGGUGAAAUUAAGACAGCUGUCUUUCAAUGAAGCGGACAGGUUGGAUCGAGAUGUUCUUGAUUGCAACAAGCAGUGCGGCACUAUUGCUACUCGCAUAGAUAAACUUCAAAGUAAUAUUGCCCGAUUAUUAAAGAAGGCAGAUUCUUUAAAAACUGAUGUCUGUGGUGAGCGUGGAGCUCUGCAAGAAUGGAGGGCAGCUCUUGAAAGAAGCUCUGGAGAUAUCACAGCCAUUGAGCAGUUUACUAAACAGGACCUUUCUAAAGCUAAAGCUCUAGAGAUAAAAAGGCAGAAGCUGAAAGUGGAACAUGACCAUAUGCAAGAGCACCUAAAUCAACUGGUGUCCAAUCUUAGUGCUGAAGAAAGAGCUUGUGAAAGAAUUUCUACUCAGGUAAUGGAAGGUAUGGAACAAAGAAAGCAAAUGAUGGCGAUGUGGGCUGGCGCUGUUGAAAACUUGCGACAAAGAGACACAGAUAUUCGACAUAUAAGAGAGGAUUACUCGGUGCUGGAAGCGGAGGCGAACGCGUUGGCGGAGCGGUGCCGCGAGCAGCAGAGCUUCUGCGGCCAGCAGCGCGGCAACAACGCGGACGCGCAGCGAGACUGCGACGCGCUCGCGCAGCGCCUCGCGCACGUGCGGCGCGCGCACGCCGCCGCCGGCGAGCGCUGCCUCGAGCUCGGCAGCGAGGCCCAGAGUCUUCAGCGCGAACUAAGCAAUUUGCGCAUUGCUAUCGAGAAGUUACACAUGGAGAAUAGACAGCUGCUUGACGACCAGCAUAAGAAGGAUAUGGCAUUAAGUGCGCUCAACUCAAAGAUAAGGGAACUAAAAGAAAAGCUCGUGGACUCUACAGACAAGUCAAAAUGUUCUGAUAAACGGGCGAAAGAGUUGGAAGAAAUGUUAAACGAAGAGGAGCGAUUCGCAAAUCAAUUGACGGUCAACCAGCAGCGCGCCAUGCAUUGCUCAUUUGUUGAGCAACAGAAGCUUUUAGCUCUCAAGAACGAAGAGAAAUUGUUCCACAUGCAAUUGAAAUCAUCUAAGGCCGUCCUCAGCAAACUAGAUACGAAACAGCGUGCCGUGGAAAGAAAUUUGCAAAGUCAAAAGGAAUCAUUGUAUGCGAUUUGUUACCAAGUUGAGACGAUCGGCGCACGAGUUUCUCACAUGGAGGGCGCACAGGCCGAACGAGACUGCUCUGCUGAUCUCGUCGCCAGGGAAGACAGGCUGAAUAAAGUUCUGGCACGGCACACAGCGCGUGUGGCGCUAUUGGAGCGACACGCAACCAAGCUCGGUGAUGAUAUGCGGCGUUUAACACGAGAAUUGGAGCAGUGCGGCGCUGAACAUAUUAAAUUGCAAAGUCGUCUAAAGACAUCGAUGCUGGAGGUGGAGGGGGGCGACAAGGAGGUGCGCGGCGCGCGCGACGCGUGGCGGCGCGUGCGCGUGGAGGAGGCGCUGCUGCGGCUGCGGGUGGCGCAUGCGCAGCGCGCGCUCGCCGGCCUCGGGGACAGGGCCUACUCGCUCGACAAGCAGCGCCUGCAGCUCGACGCGGCGAUGAACGAGCGUCUGGUGGAGAUCGGCGCGAGGCGUGAUAUGUUCGGUGUACAAAAGCGCGCGUUGCUGGAAGAUUGCGGCCGCCUUCGAGCCGACAUACGUGAGCGGCAACAGCGGAUACUGCAACUUGUUAAGAGAUAUGACAUUUUCAUCGCUUCGUUAGGAAAAGACGACACAGGGCAAGAACUGUCGGUGACCUUUUUUAAGAUAAAAUUCGCAGCGGAACGGGCGGAACUGCGUGAACACGGCGCGGCGUUGGAUGCUGACAUCUCCCGACGCGAGCGCGACGUGUCGGCGCUGGAGGCCACGCUGCGGGUGCUGCACGCGGCGCACGCGCACUUCCUGCACCACAUCGCGCCGCUCAGCGACGCAGCACCCGAAAUGGAAGAGAUCUCGGAAUUAACACGUCAAUAUUACUCAAAGAGAGAUGAACUGAAAGCAUUGCACGCAAAAAUCGCUGAAGCUGAACAAAAUUUAAAUGAAAACUCAUCUAGAUUAACCAUGACAAACGACAAAUACAAGCAGCUUACAAUGAGAAAAUUGGAGUCUGAAAACGAGUUGGACAGUUUGAAAGAAAGGUUAGAGAAACAGGAGAGUCGCCUGUUGAAAGCAAAUGAGGUGGUGCGGAACAACGCGCACCGCGCCAAGAAGUUGAUUGAUGGAGUUGACGACUGGCGGACAUUUUAUCUGUCGCUGCGGGCGCGCGACUACGCGGAGGCGGCGCACAGCGCGCUGCAGGCGCUGGCGGAGCUCGGGCGGGGGGCGCCGGGCGCCGCGCCGCGCCUGGCCGCGCUGCUAGCCGCCGCGCACCUGCAGCGCCACGUCGGCGCCGCGCAGCGCCGCCUGGAGCUGCUGCUGCACAAGAUAAUAUCAGAUGCGACAUCCCUUCGUAGAGAGACUACUGAAGUAGAAGAGAGCGUGUUCUCGUCGUCAUCGUCGUCCAGCGGAGCCGGCGAGAGCGUGGCGUCGGGCUACACGCGCCGCCUCGCUGCCUUCCGCCGAGGACUGGCGCCGAAGGUGCAGGAGAAGGCGUUGAUUGACGACAUUCGGGAACAAGCGCGUCGUUCUUCAAUAUCUCUGCGCGUCGUCACCCUGGGUCUGGAUGACUGCCCCGCUAUGACACUUUCCAACAUGUCUUCGCGCAAGUCAUUGAGAUAAAGACUACACUACAAGGAUUUGAGAAAACAAUUUGUUUCGUUAUUCAACCUAAAAAACCUCUAAUUUACAUACAUGUAGAGUUAGAUUUCAGUUGCAAUAUAUUCUCCCUAGCGACUAUGCCCUGGUUCUUAUAUAUAAAAAAAAAAAAAAACUAUUAGUUUUGAAUAACGAACAUGUCGUGUAUAGGAACAUCGCAUGGGAACCGGGAUUAAAUAAAAUAAAAAGUUUUAUUGUAUUAUUUAUUUUGAUUGUCUAACACCAUGUACUUUACAAAUCACAAUAGGGAUGUUUUUAGAUGUGUUUAAUUUACUCUUUGAUAUUUUUGUCUUUUUAAAAUAAAUGUAAGCAGUACCUAUGGGUACUAGUAAAUAGCUCAAAUAGCUAUAAAAUAUAUUUACAUUUGUAUACAUAAAAUAUUAAAAUUAUAUUUGUCUUCAUUAUUCGGUCGUGUACAGGUGGACAUAAUGUUUAUGAGAUAUACUCGCCAUGAACACGUAUACAAAUUUAAUUCAAUUAUGUAUUGCAUACAAUACCGCAGAAUUAAUUAUGAAUGGUUUGUAAGCGGUUUUAAUGAGUAUUUUUGCUCUGUCUAUACAAAACUUAAAUAUUUUAAUAAACUUUAGUAAAAAAAAAGACAAUAUAUGGCCCUUAAUGUCCAACUAAUCGUUGCUGUCAUGGUUUUUAUUAUUUAAUAUUUAAAAUUUGCAUACUUUCCCAAGGGCCAAUGUAUGUUUGUUUUUGCCUUAGCUAUACUGCGAAGUCUUUGAUAUGUUUGAACUACAUCAUAAAUUUACAUAUACGUCCAAAUAUUGUGACAAAAAUUUUCUUCUAUUCCUAAUCUCUAAUGUUAUUUUGCAUUUUAAUUUUUAAAUUGAAUUAAUAUUUUUAUUUAAUAUGUUAUAGGUUCUAUGAAUUCUAGUCACAGCUGUAUAAACUAAUAAAAUUUUUGUACUUUA